AUGGCCUAUAACUACACGCCAGCUUACUACUCCACGCUCCACGACUCCAUAACUUCCCUCUGCAAGACCAUCCUCCCUUUCUCCUUCAAGAAGCGCGGCCGGCUCGCCGCGGCGGAGCACCGAAUCAACAAGAUCCAGUCCGACAACCUCAAAUGGCAGCAGGACUCGUUCCACCAGAUCCUCAAUCUGACGGGACUCCAUAAAGCAGGGAUCUUGGAGCAGCACGAGGUCUCGGCGUUCCGAUCCCACUUGCUCGAGACCCUCAUCGCUUCUCCAACGGAGCACGAGCACGCCGCCGUCUUGCGGGACAAAUUGCUCUUCCUCCAGGAGUUGCUGUAUGCGAAAUGUAUAACGGAGGAAGAGUACCAUUCGUCGAAGGGGCCAUUGAUGCAGAGAAUGGCGGUCCAAGGUGCAGAAAUCGAGGCGAGGGAUGUGGUCGUAGGCGGGAAACAGAGCGAAGUGGAUGAAAACAGAGAUGAAGAAUGGUCAGUGAUUGAUUUGAGAGACGAGAAACGUGAGUCUACUCCGCAAUCCAAGCGAAAAUCAAAGGAGCAGAGCUCACCUGCGUUGAAGCAGAUCAAAGGGGCGGGUUCUUCUCUGUUCGGAUUUAACAAGCAGAGUAAUAGGAGGCAGAGCAUAUUCGAGAUCGAGGCUAAACGGCCGUCCUGUGGACAACAUAAUAACAACAGCGGAGAAAUGUACGAGAGCCCAAUUGUGAAUGGUGGUAACUCAGUGAAGGGGAGCGAAACAAAGUCGAUUCUGAUGCAAGCAAGCGGAAAGACAGCUGCAUCUCCGAGGAAGGAGAAUGGGAGUGGCGAGAAGGUGAAGAGGAAGCCAUUCAGGACUCUGUUUGAUAAAGAGCAGAGUAGCGUGAAAUCUGCGAAGAAGAAGCAAUGGUGGAAGAGGAAUGAUUCGGAGGACGAGACAGCUCCUCUGCCACUGAACAUUGGAAGAGCAGGAGAUUGUGAAGAUGACUAUGGAAACCUUGUUACAAGCCCGAUCGGAGAAGGCCCUGAUACGAAACAGAUCAAAAGGAAGCUUCACUCCGAUGGAACCCCUUCGGAUUUCUUCAUUGACAAAGUGUUAGGGAAUAACAUAAAGAAAGAGCUGUUCAGGAUUCAAACUGAGCUCUCCACCACCAAUCCAAAUCUGAAACUCUCGGAUGACCAAAUGGAAGCAAUCUCCACUAAGCUUCCUGUUGACAAAGCUGACCUCAAGAACUUCUUUCCCAAGUCAUGGUGUGACCAAUAUGGCGAUGUGGUGAAGAAAGAGUUCAAAGAUCAUGUUGGUGAGAUGGAGAACAUGAGAAAUGCUACCAGGGAAAAGCAUCUGAAUAACUCAAAGAGGUGGACGACAUUCAGUGAUGAUGAUGAUCAUGUGGGUGAGAUUGAGAGCAUGAAGAAUGUUACCAGGGAAAAGAAUCUGAACAACUCGAAGAGAUGGACGACAUUCGAUGAGGACGAUGAUGAGAAUAUCCACCCGAAUCUUUUCAGUAGUCUCACCUAUAGCAACAACAUCAACAAGAGCAAUAACCCGUUCCUUCAAGAUUCUAGCAUCACAGGGAAGAGCCAUCAUUGGAUUGAGAAGCCACAAUCGUUAUCAACUUCCUUCCAGAAUCCGUUCUGGAACGGCUCUUCUCUGUUUCAUUAG